CAGCAUUCUCAUUCCCUCUGGAAAUUACUCAUUGACAUUUAUGGCCAUUUGCCGCAGGAUUAUUCACCCCAAGAUGAACCAAUCAAGAAACCUGGCAGGUGGAGACACUACUGUGGACAGUCUAGAUAAGAUGGAUGACUUUUCAGACGUAGGAAGUGAUUCUGAGACUGAACUAAAGACGACUAAGCGAAAAAAGAGUUCAACCCAUGGGAUACAGCCACCCAAGAGGUCCCGGCUUAGAGCUGCUGUGAGGGAGGUGUCCAGUCCCUCUGACAGCUCUGUGUCCACUGUGGACGUCCCCCCACAAAAGCCCUCUCGGGGUUUAUCCAGACAGCCCCCUCCUCACCCGGUGGCCAGAGCCAGAGAUGCUAACCAGAAUAUAACUGCAGAGAAUAUCUAUAAUGCAGUGCUCUCUGGGAAGAGUGCCAUGGUGACUGUGGUGGACGAGUGGUUGGACACCUACAAGCAAAGUCGUGAGGCAGGACUUCUGGUGCUCAUCAACUUCAUUGUUCAGGCGUGUGGCUGUAAAGGUGUGGUUACAGAGGAGAUGUUCAGCAGUAUGCAAAAUGCAGAGAUCAUAAGCACCCUGACCAAAGAGUUCAGUGAGGAUUCAGUGAACUAUCCCCUGUCUACCCCAGGACCCCACUUAAAGCGCUUCAAAGCCAGUUUAUGUGAAUUUGCAAAAGUUCUAGUGCGUUCGUGUCGGAACAGUCUAGUGUAUGAUGAAUACCUGUUUCCCUCACUUCUGGCUCUGCUCACUGGUCUGUCGGACUCUCAGGUCAGAGCUUUUAGACACACCAGCACUCUGCUUGCCAUGAAGCUGAUGACAGGGCUGGUAGAGGUUGCUGCUGUCUUGUCAGUUCAAAUACAGACCAUUCAAAGGCGGUAUGACAUUGAGAACAAUAAGGCAGCAUUUGAAAAAGUACCUCAAAGACUAGAGGAGCUUCAGGGCACCUUAAGUCAGAUGCAUGAAAAUAGAGAAGAGCUGUCGUCCUUGAUGAACGCGACAUUCCGUGGAGUGUUUGUUCAUCGCUAUCGGGACAAACUUCCUGAAAUCCGUGUGGCUUGUAUUGAGGAACUAGGAAAGUGGCUGAAAACUGACCCCGAGGACUUUCUCAACGAUGGAUGUCUCAAGUACCUUGGGUGGACUCUUCAUGACAAGCAAAGUCCAGUGCGUCUGCAGUGUGUGCGCGCCCUGCAGGGUCUGUACCAAGAGAAAGAGUUCAUUGGCCGCCUGGAGCUUUUCACCAGCAGAUUUAAAGAGAGGAUCCUCAGCAUGGUACUGGACAAGGAACCAGACGUGGCAUUGGAAGUCGUCAGUCUGUUGCUGCUGAUCCAACAGAGCACAGAGGAAGGUCUGACGGAAGAUGAGCACGGUCACAUCUAUCCUCUUGUAUAUGCUUCUCAUCGGGGUUUGGCUUGUGCUGCUGGCAACUUCCUUUACCACAGAAUGAAACUGAUGUACGCUGAACAAAAUCAGGAGAGUUUUAAGAGUAACAGUGCUGCCUUUAUUCAGAUGAUGAUAGCUUUUUACAUCCAAUGUGAAUUUCAUGAGCAUGGUACAUACCUGGUAGACAGCCUUUGGGACGUGGCUGGAUCGGAGCUGAGAAACUGGGAGACUAUGACUGCAUAUCUUCUUGUUGAAACCGGUUUGUUGGAUGAGGAGGAGGGGGCCCUGAUCGAGUUGAUGGUGUGUGCCAUUCAGCGGGCGUCACAGGCUACACCACCUGUUGGGAGAACGCAGGGCAAAAAGAUUCUGAGUAUUAAGGACAAGAAGAUCCAAGAGCAGGACCGCGGACGCAUUACAGCUCACUUCAUUCCUCUCCUCCCUCAAUUACUAACCAAAUACUCAGCAGAUGCAGCGAAGGUGACCCUACUCCUGAAAGUUCCCCUCUAUUUCGACCUAGAGUUGUUCAGUAGUGCCCCACGCAUGUCAAAUCACUUGGAUCAGCUCCUGGCUCAGGUCUGUGUCAUUGUGGAAAAGCACACGGAUGCGGCUGUGUUGGAGGCGUGUGCACAUUUAGUCAGCAUUCUGUGCUCGGACCGGUACACCUUCUCCUCACGCGCUCACACCACGUUUAGUCAGUUAUUGGACACCCUCACUGACUGCUUCAACAGCUACUUGAGUGAGCUACUACAGGGAAGUGCCGAUGAAGAUGAUGUGUAUAGUGCUGCCAUUGCCUUGAAGAGGAUUGGAGCGUUGAGCUGUGCUAAAGAUCCUACUGCCUGGAAGCUCUUUGAUGGUUGCCUCCAGCUCCUGAACAGCAGAGUAGAGACUAUACAGCCGGAAGAAGAGCUCAUGGUCUCUGCGCUCAAAUGUGCUGCUUUUCAUUUGAUGUGGUUCAAAGUCAAAGCAGUCAACUCCACACCAAAAAAGGAAGAAAUUAAGAUCCUUAAAAGAGAGGUCCGCUCCUUCUGUAAAGUCUGUCAGACCUAUUUGUCUGUGACUCAGGCUGAGAUCAGAAAUCAGGCAUUUGAGCUGCUGUGUGACCUGCUGCUGCUGUUCAGUGAGACUUCUGUGCGCUCUGAACCCGCACUGCAGACCUUGGUGCACCUGCCCUCAGACGCCCUGCGCUCAGAGAUGGCUGCUUUCCUCCUGGAUUAUGUAUUCACUGACACUGAUGAUGACGAACUAAAUGAAGAAGUUGACAAAGAGACAAUAAUAAUCCAGCUUCAGAGAAAGCGCAAUCAGCUGGCUGGCUAUUGCAAACUAGUCAUCUAUGGGGUUUUCGAUCUAUCUGCUGCGACUGACGUCUUCAAACACUACAGCAAGUACUGUAAAGACUACGGUGACAUCAUUAAGGAGACAAUAAGCAAGACCAAGCUCAUCAAUUCUGUUCAGAGCGCAAAAACCAUCUGCCUGAGUUUGCAACAGCUUUUCUCAGAGAUGCUAACAGAGGAGCGCAGCAAACAGGAUAUUAGCGAGAUUCGGGAUCUUGCCAAAAGGCUCGCUAUGAGCUUUGGCAUUGAUCUACAUCGCGCCCGCAAACCACUGGUGGCAUUGCAUAUGGAUGGUAUUCGUUUUGCAUUUCGGGCCUCACAAGGAGAGGAGGAACUCCAAAAUGUGCUUUUCCUAGAGGUCCUCAGCGAGUUUAGUUUCAAGCUGCUGCCAAAGGACCGUGCCCAAUUAGCUUCAUUUCUGAAAUCAGAGUGUCCCGAGGCUGCCCUCUGCUGGUCGUCUGUCAGACUGUACCAGCGCUCUUUACAGGAUCGAACCGUUUCUAAACCCAAGGACCACGAAGGGGGGGAGCAAAGUGAAGCAGUCUCUGCCCACAACAGUCCUGUGACAAAACGCAAAAGAACUACUGCAAAUGCAUCAGCCUUGGACAACAGCAGUCUCCACAGCUCUCUGCCCACUCCAGUCCUAACCUCCACUGUGCUUAAAGAGCCCUCCAAAGCUCUGGGAUCUGGGGACUUCCAAGGUGCUGAGUCCCACAAUGACAUCACUUUAACCGAGCCUCAGUCUGAGGAGGAGUUUUCACCCAGGACACAGAUGAAAGCAGUAAAGAGAAACAAGCGAUGCGUGCCGACCAUCAGACAGCGCACAGCAGAACAGGCUGAUCUGAACUCCCAUCUCACUUUGCUGUCUCUAAUUGACGACAUUGAAGAAGAGGAGCCUAACAUUGAGGAUUAUGAAAGUGACAGUGAUCACACUAUUCAUUCACAGGUGUCCAACCGUCAGACAACACCAAGUGUCCUUGAUGAACUCUUUGACUGAAGACAUUAAUCUCGAAGCAAAGGAAUUCUUUCAAAAUGUGCCUACUGCAUUGUUUUUUGCAAACUUGAUUGUUGGAUUUCUUUACAAUCCAUGAACAUCUUCUUGUUUCAGAUGUUUGAUGUUGUCAAGCGAUUAUGACGUUUAUGUGAAAAUGUGCAACACUAAUGAAAUGAUUUGUUUAAGUUGGUUCAGCCUAAUGUUUUUGUUAAUGUUACACAUCUAAUCUGUCAUUGUUCUAUAACAUAGUCAUUUAAGAUAUUGUUAUUGUUGUGUAUUUAAAAUGGUGUUGCACUUUUGUAUUUCAUUAAACAUGCAUAUUUGUCAUG